CGACUAUUGAUCGCCUCACUCUUUCAUCAUUUCCCGAAAUAACUCUUUGUUUGACAUUACAGCGUUGCAAGUUUGGUUCAGCCUUCAGGCCAGAUAGGAGGCAAAGACCCGGCGUUUCAAUAGCGGCAAUUAAGAGAGCCUGCUGCUAGAAAUUCAGGAUUUCGCCUCGCGAUAUACGACAUGACGUUGGCACAUUCCCGCGAGGCUUCGACCCGAUCAACGAAAUCAUAGACAACACAAAUCAUGUCCGGCUUCACUGCGCUCAACGUUGAACCUGAAGAAACUUUUGAAGAAGAGAUCGAUGAUACGAAGGAGAUCCAACUUGAAGAAGCCUUCAAACUCUAUCAAAAUGCCUUGAAACUUCACUCUCAAGGCCCCCAGUAUUUCGAGGAAGCUCUUGCUGCCUACCAGGAGUUAAUACAAUCAGAGAUCUUCAAAUAUCCAGAAGCCGUCUCCGACUACUCUCACGAUGAAACCGAAGACGAUCCAACUGUAGCGAGUAUUGCACCUGACACCGUACCCGCCGCUUUGCUUCCCAGCAGUGCUGCCGAAAGCUCGGCCAGUUCAAUUCCACAGCUUCUGUACCUUGCUUUCAAGAACCGAGGUCAAUUCUUGUUAGAUGUGGCGCAUCACAAAGUCCCGGACAAAAAAGCUUCCAGAGCCGAUCUAUGCAGGUACUACGUCAAGGCUUGUAACGAGGGAAUCCGAGAUUUUGCCAAGGCUCUUGAACGUGACGAUGCCGACCUCGAUCUGUGGAAAAAGUCUGCGCGCAUUGCAGGCGUUUUAUCGUCCCAGAGGGUGGCUCGCUUCUGUUUGGAAAGUGUUCUUGCUGGAGAUGAUGAAGAUGCCGAACAGACUAUUGAUCUGUCAGGCCUUGAUGAGGCAUUCGCUGCCGGUGAACUUGAAGAAGUGCUGGAAACCUUGAAUGACGAUCUCAGUCUCCUUCGAAGUACAAAUGUCAACGUGAAGAGCACACUACUGAACGCGCUGCGAAGGACGAAUGACCCUUAUCCUUUCCUCCCUGAGCGUGGGAAGACCAUGGAGUACCUUGACGACCGACAUAGACCACUAAGUAUUGGGAUCGUUUCAGUUGAGCUUGCCCCAAACAGCUUUGUCGCUCUUGGGCAGGCUAUUGAGCAGAUUGUGUCGAGUCUACAACAUGCUUCUACCUCAUACACCUCCGCAACGCGGGUAAAGCUUGUAUCACAAAGCUCGGAAGCUGGCCGCCGCGAUACUCAGAUGGAAAUUGCCAUUGCCAAGAACGACAGGCCUCAUAAGGGAGCUGAUGCAUUGCACGACAAGCAAAUGAAGGAUGUCCAGGAUGGCAGUGCUGACGACAAAAUGAGCGUAAAAUCUCCUCGACAAGAAGUCUCUGGGAAGGAACAACCAGAAGACACCGCACCUGUGAAAGAUGAUGAGAAAGCCGAUGAUUCGAUGGACGAAGACACCAUUCUAGUUACCGUCAUUAGGCGCGAACAACCGAGCGACCCUGCACCCACCCCAGCUCGUAAGCGAUCGGCCACCGCUGCUGGAAAUGAGGAGCUUGAAGGUCGCACAAAGAGCAAGCGACUUCGUGCGCGGGAGUCAUUGGCCGAAAUGACUGCACUUGAGGAGAAUGGCGCUCCUGAAGAUCCACAUUCAUUUCUCGAUCAGCUUCGAACUUACGAACAAGCCGAUCAAACUGCAUUCGAUGUGGUCAACUCUUUACUGGCGAAGUUUGAGCUGAAACUAUACUUUUCCUCAGAGGAUGCGAGACGUGUAUUCUGGCAAGGCAGCCUCGAGAAAGAAUCAUCCAUCAUUUCAAAAGAGGAACUCGUCUUACUUGCUGAUAUGAGGAAUUCCCUGAAAAAUUGGUCGGAUGACAAAAGCCACGCCCUGAUGCAAGGACAUGGCAGCCAGGAUUUUGCCGAGGGUUCAACCGGAAUGUCUCUGUUUGCACUGCACUCUAAGUCUACAGCCCCUCGGAAGACCGCACAAGUCGAAGGCUCCAAUGAAGAUGCGUUGUUACCGAUUGUGAGGCGUGUCAAUGCUCAAUCGCUAAAUGUCUAUCAAGCUGCACAUGACUGGCUAUUCUCGACCCUCGUCUCUGGGAUAGACGUUACAUCUUCUCUCCCUUCAUCUUACAUGCGAGAGAUCUGGCCACAAGAAAUGAAAGAUGCAGUUACGAAAUUAGCUGACAAUACGGAGACGUAUCUUUACGAGAGGCUUCGUGAAGAUUCCUUUUCUCUGGCUGGGACUAAGCAGCUAACACAGGGAGGGAGACAGACUUUGAUCAAACAGCUUUUUGAGUUUGUGCAGACACUCUUCGAACUUCACCUCGAUAUCUUUAUGCCGAUGACUGAUCCGAACACUACGGUCGAAAAGGAAGUUCGAAUUGCUCGAGGUGACUGUGUCAGACGAUGGGCAACGUUGGCUGACGACUUUUUGCAAUUAUACCUUGCUGAAGAAGAAAAGCCAGAGUUGACCGACACCUUGAUCUUGCGGUUUAUUUGGGCAACCACUGUCAAUGCGACCAUGACAAAAGGGGUUGAUAAAACUCACGUUGUCUUAUGUUUGGACGAUCUCAAAGCAAUUCUGGAAAGGACAAAUGCCGACACAAUUCAUCUACCGAAUAACGGAACAAUGGCUGUGAUCUCAGUGAAAGCAAUUGAGCAGGAAAUCUCUCGUCUAAGUACUAUCGAUUUCUUCAAAAGUAUCUUUGACAACGAUAGCAGCGACCCGGUUGCAGUGAUAGAAAAGUUAGAGCCGAUACUUGAAUCCACUCCCGAUGGAGCCGACAACGAGUCAAGAUCUGACACCCUCGAUGAGCGUUCUCCACAGGUUGAGCAAUUGAUAAAAUUCUUGGAAUCUGGCGAUCCCAGCUUGAAGCUCUUCUUAUGGCGACGGCUACAAAACGCUUAUACGUCUAUAUCCUAUCCACCGAAGGUUGUUUCAUGUCUACUGCGAUCAAUAGAGAUGAGCUUCAACGAACUGUACACGAACCGACAUUUAGAGCUGAGCGACGUCGAUCGUCAGAUCUCUAUGCUCAAGUGGCUAAGAGAUAUUGACGAGCUUUUGUUGAAAGUUCUGAUAAAGCUCACCAGCGAAUCAAAUGCUUUUGAGUGCUUGGACGAAGCACAUUUGUUCUCGUCUUUGACUGUGAUAAGUGGCCUUGUCAAGCUGCUCCAUGGGUUCGCUGUCUAUGAGGACUCGGUAAGGGUUGGACAGACCGCUGGACCCCAAUUGAAAGGUGCUGCUUCAUCCAAGUUGUAUGACAAAAGCAAAGAGCGUUUUAGGGACAUGCUCGUCCGUGCAUGGACACUGCAAUAUCUCCUCCUGAAAGAAGCUGCUGCACAAGAUCCUGCAGCGUACCCUCGAGCCUCAGAUGAUCUUGCAGAAUAUCUCGGUAGUGUUCAUCAUAUGCUCGGCAUUAGACACUAUUGCAGAUAUGCCACUAAGACAUUCCUCAAGCUGGCAAGGAGUGAGUUUGGGAUGCUUAAAACCCAACAGGAUUAUUCUGCAGACAUGUCACAAGUUCUCUUUGAUCUGUACCAGUUGCACUUCAUCACCGGCAUAGGAGACCGAAACCAUGGAUGUUCUGCUGAGAAUAUGGAUAAGAAGACUGCUGGGUCACUUAUACCUAUCAUCAUGCAAUAUACCGAUCAAAUGCAGAUGAAGGAUAUUCUCAAAAGCGAGCUUAAGGGCACAAUUGAAAAGAUACAGCAGGCAUUGGGAACAUUCAAAAGUCCCCCGGCUGUGGCCUACAACAAGCGGCUCAUUUCGGCCUACCUAAAAUCGCCCAUCAUUGCAAAUGAUCUCUAUCGUUCAGUACGCGGCAUCGGAGAUCUUCAGACGCGGCCAGUGCAGCACGAUUCGAAUAGUCCUGCCAUUCAAGGGUGGUCAUUCCUCCUGGGUUAUCUGACUCUGGCGAAAUACAAAUCUGUCAAGCGGGUUCAGCCUACUCCUACAAACGAUCUAGACACUGCUGCCACAUUUUUUCGGCAAGAUUUAGAUCAUGACAUCGACAAAUGGGAGUCGUGGUAUCGACUUGCCCAGGUCUACGAGGCGAAAAUUGAGGAUGAUCUCAUCUGGAAUUCCACGAAGCUCAAUGACUCAAGAGGUGACAUUGCACUACUCGAGCGCCAGGCAAUACACUGUUACAUGAUGGCCACCGCCAUGGCUCUGAGAAACGCUGACAAUAAAUAUGAGACGACACAGAAAAUUCAGGACAUGUUUGCAGAAUUCGGAACUCGCUUGUACGCCUCAUCAAGACCUCCGUUGAACAUGGAAGCUUUCCGAACCGAUAAAAGCAUGCGACACAUGAGUAGCAUGGUUGAUCAGACCAUGUCAAAGCAGCCUUUUCACAACCCGAUCAGUAAAUAUUCACUCUGGCACUUUGCGGCAUAUCUACUAGGCAAAAGGUUCAACGAUAAGCCAAAGCCAUGGAUAACGCACUAUACUCGAGCCAAGUGUCUUUGGAAAAUGUUUCAGAGCACCGAGAACAACGGGCGUGUCUCUGCCGAAGAGGUCAUUGAUGGCAUCAACGGAGCUCUGGGAGCUCUGCCGAAGAAGGAAAAGUCCAACGAGCCCAUUCUAGAGCCACAUUACAAGCUUGUCUCAGUGAUUCACAAGAUGGUUAAACGUGGGGCAAUUUCUCCCUUACAGGGCCAGGAGUACAUGCAUAUGACACGUUUUGCUCAUGGCAUCCACCUCGCCGCCGAUGACGAGGGAGAAGUGGAGUGGGAGCCUUAUGUUCUUGACAUUUUGCACAAACUGGAGCACGCCGACAAAUCAAAUUGGCACCACAGAAUCACGGCCCGUGCUGCACAUGUAUUGUAUGACGACGGUCCGACUGUCGCAAAUGCUCUGGGUGCAAAGUACGAAUUUACCAAGCAGAUUUUUACCAAGACAAUGACCAUCCAGGUUUGGAAGCCUGAAUUUGAACGCGCCGGCCGACAUUAUGUGUACACUGGGCGAUAUGUCACUUAUUUCUCUCAUCUCCUGGAGCAGCUCAGUGACCGUGUCAAUUUGGAUCAGUUGGUUCGUCGCAUCAGGCGAAAGACAACAGAUUUCCUUGACCAUGCAAAGAUCUGGGAGGAUGUGGUGACGGCAUUUGUUCGAAGCUUGCGACGGAUCGGAAAGAUUCCCGAGGGUCAUGAGAGAGUGGUGUUUGAUGGAAUGAAUCACGAAGAAUUCACCAAAAAGUCCGAACAGAUGGAACAAUGGUCCCACGAGCCCGACACAUCAUCUGUCUUUUUAGACAUCAUGAAGGAUGGGAUAGACCUGAAACGCCUCAACAACAGCCUGAUGAAGGGUCCCCUGAUUGAUGAUCUGAUUGGCGACUCAUACGCGUGUCUUUUUGAGGAAUACAUAAGACAGCUACCUCCAGAGGAACAGCCUCAGCCACAGCCAACUCCUUUACCACAAGGCACAUUCAUCAAUAUGACUGCAGAAGUUUUACAGUCUGGCGAAGAAGAGGCUGAGAAGUCUCGAGUGAACGAUAUGCUCCGAGCUCAGGGAGAUGGUGCCGCGGACGGACCGCUAUCAGUAUCGAUAUCUGCGCCUGUGGGACUUGGCUUGCAGAAUCCUGCAUCACCAUUCGCGAACACCACCCCCCAACCUGAAGCCCCUCGUGUCACUAGUAAGCCUGGACGUGUGAAGACUGUCACAAGGCGUGAGAUUCAACGGAAGGCUGAAGCGGCGAUUGUCAAACCACCACCUAUCAAGACACCAAUCCUGGGUAAAAGACCUAUCGUGGAGAUACCAACGAGGCCCGGGCAGGACUCGCCUCUGGACAAGCGUCUCCAGGAUGCGAGAGAGGAAGAUGGUGAAAGAAGCAUGUCAAGCUCGAGACGAGGCAGUGUGCAUGACAGCGAUGAUGGUGAGGCUGACGGCGAAGAUGAGUCUGGAAGUGAGCUUAGCGAUCUCGACGACCUGGACGAGGACAAAAGGCAGUUGAUGUCGGAACUCGAUAAGGCCAACAACCAGGACGAUGAGGAGAAUGAUGAGGAGGGGCAAGAGGGCGGUGAUGAUGAGGAUGGGCAAGAAGGUGGUGGUGGUGAAGAAGGCGAAGACGAAGAAGCAGAAGAAGCAGAGGACUAUGAUCAGCAGAGAAGUGACCAGGAAGACGAGGAAAUGCCAGACGCCAAUGAUGGCGACAUGGAGAUAAAGGACUCUCAGGAGAACGUCGACGGACCAGAAGGGCGCGAGCAGGAUGUGCAUGAGCCCCAGGAGGGAUCAUGAUUUCAGUCGAUCCUCCAGGGAGAUAUACCUCGGAUAUUACAUUACCGGGAUACCAAUGGCAGAAAUACCUAAAAUGCGAAAUGGUCAUGGAUCAUGAAGAAUACAGAUGGCAGCAAUAGAAGUCCAGAGAACAAGUCUACAUCGAUACUAUUUAGACUUGUCAAUAUGGCAUACAAGUGACGAGGCUCUCGGAGACCUGACG